AUGCAGUCACCAACAGGGCGCUACGACUCCUUACCGAUAGCAAAGAACAUGGUCCGGUGUGGUGCGCUUCAAGUGUCUAAAGAAAACUAUUAAAACUAAUGUUAUUUACUUGUUUAAUUUGUAAAGGUAGGCUAAUGUGUAAGUUAUUUGCUACAACAUGUGAUUUACGUGUCAUUCUAAACUCCUUUCUAGGUUAUGUGCACUCACUAAUACGCUUAAGAAGGCUUUCUCACAGAACGCAGCUGGACUCGUGAAGGAUUUAUGAAUUAACUUAGGCUACAACACCUUCGCUUUAUGUAGGCUAAUUAAUUGGCUAUCCAUAGCCUGGCCAAUUCCAUUCUGGUAUUCCGUUCAUGCUGCAAAUUUGUGGAUCUCUAUUUCUCCAGUGUACUGCAGUGGUUAUUGUGAAAUGUGUGAACAACCCUCCAAGCUGCAUUUCUCACAUUUAAAAAAAACCCCACAUCAGCUGGAAGAGGCAGGAUUUCAGUCCACCACCUGCGCAUAAGGACGGGCUAGAGGCCAUGGUGAGCUUUUGAAAUGCAAUUAUAUAUUAUGUGUUGUAAUUUUGCAGAUUGACUGUAGUUUUGGCUGAUAUAUUACUUUAGUCUUAAUUCAGACAUUGCCAGAAUCAUACAUACUAGCUUCUCUGAGAAUGUGAUAAUGCAAACCAAACCAUAAUGGGACUCAAAUGUGCUGAUACUAGUAUCACAGUUGAUUAACUAUGACAUGCAAUACUAAAGCAAAUGACUUUUUUAGCACUGCUGUGCUGUAGUCAUAGGUACGAGGCGGAGCCAAGUCCCGUAGAUCAGCACCAAUGACAAGUUUUGGUCACAUGUUUUGACCAACCUGUUGUAGAAUCUUAUUCUAAAUGCAUGUACACCUUCAAUUUCUCAGUCUACAGUGGGGGAUCUCAAGACAAAGGAGGAGAAGGAUGCAGAGCUUGACAGACGGAUCGAGGCGCUGCGCAAGAAGAAUGAAGCUCUGGUCCGGAGGUACCAGGUGAGCUCCCACAGGAUCAGAUUUAUAGUUCUGUUGUAGCAGUAGCAUCUGUGUGGCUCAGUUGGUAGAGCAUGGCACUUACAAUGUCAGGAUCGUGGGUUCAAUUCCUAUUGGGGCCACCCAUACGAAAAUGUAUGCAUGCACUAUAAGUUGCUUAGGAUAAAAGUGUCUGCUAAAUAGUAUACCCUAUUGUAUUAUAUUCUAAGCUUAUAUCACACAGCUAAAUUGCAUAGCCACGUCGCAAAAUAGCUUUCUGACUGUCCGAAUAUUCAAAUGAUGGUCAUCGGUCACUUUUCUAUUGAAUCUCCCAGAAUUUAUGCAUGAUUUAUCAGGUUAGGGUGAGACACUGAUGAGCCUUUGUCAGCCUAUCAUCAGCCAACCUUUGUUUUGUUAUCUUUCUACAGGAAAUAGAAGAGGACAAAAAGAAGGCGGAGCAGGAGGGGAUUGCCGUGAAGACGCACCCACCCAGGAAGGGUCGCCCUCACGAUGGCCCGCCAGAGGGAGACCGAUGGAGGACAGAGAAAGAGAACUUCACUGUCACCGUAGACCUCUCCAAACCUGCAGGGGUGAGACCAGGAUGAGGGCUCUGUAUCAGCACAUACUGUAGUACCAGGCUAUAUCAGACCAAGCUAACUAAUGACCAAAUCAGUCAUGUUCAUUAGGCACAAAAAUGAGAUAUGGACUAGUUACUACCUGAACUUGUCCAAUAAGAACACACAUUUUCCAAUUGAAAACAAUUUAUUCAGUUUGUGCCAACUGAACAAACAUGAUUUAAGAAGACCAAAAACAUGACAAUGUGCACUCUCAAACACUUGGCCUCGAGAUAACCUCCUGAGCUCUGAAAGAUGGCCUCUACCAGAACAAGUCUCAUAGACUUUUGCAGGCGCCCAUCUAUUUCAUAGUCAUCAUUCAUAUUCCCCUGCUCUGGCAGCUGGAUGAGAUUAGGGAUGCCUAAUGGAGGAUGUGGACCUGAGAGGGCCAUAUAUCUCACAGCAGCUGGGUGAAAUUAUUCUAGCUGAGUUACACCUGACACAGAACAGGAAAGUGAUGACGUACACCAUGAACAGAGAUGUUUUGUACAUGCGUCAUGUGUCUGCCCAUGUUAGGAAACCACUCAUGGAAAUCGUGUGUCUGGUUCCAACUUUAUACCCCUGCUUCAGCUUGAUGAUUAUAUAUCUAUAUUCAGAUGGGUAAAAGUUAUAUAAUUACAUUCUACGUAGAUGGAGGUGAAUGCAAAUCCCUGGCUAUGGUUGUGUCCCAAAUGGCACCCUAUUCCCUACAUAAUGCACUACUGUUGACCGGAGCCUUUGGGGGAAUAGGGUGCCAUUUGGGUAGUGCCCUGUAUUUCUACCUGAAGGGGAUGCUCUCAAGCCAUUGCUGCUCUUGAAGGUGAUUACAGUACGUGCCACCUCCUUUCAGACAGCAUGUUUUUUAAUCUGCCUCCCGUGGAGAGACAGGCUGGAGUGCAUUUUAAUCAAAGCCUGUUGAGCUCUUGUCAGGUCCCAGAUGGCCCCUACAUCUGUGAUCCACUCCACUCUUCACACAGUAAAGGUCACUCAUUCAGACAAGAAGGGACUUGUUGAGGGUGUUGUGGUAUUGCCCUAAAUGUACGUAUGUAUGCCAGUGUUUUUCCGGUCUUUCAGUGGUUCAAAGCGGACCUAAUCAAAAAGUUUGUUCUCCCUGCAGGAGAAAAGGGUGAUCAAUGACUGGAAACAUGGGCCACCGCGGGACUCUGAGGAGGGAGACAGCCCCAGACCCCAAGGUGAAAGCCCCCCACGGAGGGCUGGGUCCAGGCGGCUCAGCAGGGGUGGACAGAGAGGGGGAGGACCACGGCAGGAUAGGAGAGAGCAACGCCCUGACAGACACCUAGCAGACCCACACCAGGCCCAUGACAGACCACCACGAGAGGAGAGACCACCACGAGAGGACAGACCACCACGAGAGGACAGACCACCACGAGAGGAGAGACCACCGAGAGAGGACAGGCGUCCAAGAGAGGAGAGGGGUCCAGGCAUGGAGGGGCCAGGAGAAGGCCCCGGCCGCAGUGAACGUGCCCCACGCGGAGGAAGGAGAGGAAGGGAAGAAGGAGGAGGACCACAGGGUGGUGACAGGAAGUCAAAGGUCUGUGAGCAAAACCAUAUCAGCUAAUAACUAGCGAGGCAAUGUUGCUGUAGAUGUGCCAGGUUGUAUAGUUUUAAUAGCCUCACUGAGGUUUACCAGUGGUAUAGUCUCCGUAAUAAUGGUUGUACGGUAUAGCUUAGUGAUGAUGAUGUUGGUUACUUUGCAGUGACCUGAGUAAUGGGAAAAUGAGUACAUACUAUAGUAAUUGGAGAAAAAGACUAGAUUUAGCUACAACGUAUUGGUGUGAAAUGAAGCGAAUUGGAAUGGCACACUGUAGUCUCUUCUUUCUAAAAUGUUGUGCCUCUCUGUAGGAGUGGGAGGAGAAAAGGAGGCAGAACAUUGAGAAGAUGAAUGAGGAGAUGGAGAUGAUUGCAGAGUAUGAAAGAGGACAAAGGGUAUGUACAGGAAGCCAUUUUGUGAAAAUCUGAUUACAAUCGGAUUAUUUGAUGACAGUUUAGCAUUGAAGACCUGAAAUAGAUGGAGUGUAAGGAUGCUGUCUUUGGAAUCCCUCUGCAGCCUGCCGAGGGAGACAAGCCCAUCCGUAACUUCUUGGAUGACCCGCGGCGCUCCGGCCCAGUCCAGGACAUGGACCGCAAGGAGGGCAGCCGCCGACACGUCCGAAACUGGGGCGGAGUAGACUUUGACAACGUGAAGACUGGAUCUGACAUGGAGAAGGAGUGGACAGUGAGUGCUCUGUUUUGUAGAAGACGUGAUGGGUCAAAUGUUCUGUGUGGUUUGUCUUCUUUUUGUUGAAACGAUUCCUUAUUGAAAAUGUCUUUCCUUUCUCUCCUCUGCAUCGUGUUAUUAAUUCCCUUCUCUCUUACAUCCUGCUAUCAAUCCUGCUACUUUACAUUCCCUUUCCCUCCCCCCUCUCUCUCCAACAGAGUCGGAGAUCAGGAGUCCCUAAGGGCUCCAUGGAUAUGACCAUGUCUAUGACUGGCCUGGAGCGUGCAGAGUACCUCCGCUGGAAGAAGGAGCGUGAGGAGAUUGAUGAGUUGCGUCUGGCCAGGCACAGGAACGCCACAGGCCAGUGGAGACGGGAAUGGGACGCCCAGAAGACUGACGGCUUGUGAGUGACUGACUGGAGGAGGACUGCUAACACCACUGACACACUCUGAUCACACCUCGCUCACAAAUACCCUUGGAGACAGCCAGGGCUUUAUUCACAAAAACACCACAACAGCAGGCAUUCAGUGAACCAAACCAGGCAGUGCAUACCGAAUCCCCAAGAUGACAACACCGCUCCAAAAUAUGAAAUGGCUGUGGGCAGGGUUUGCAUUUUAGUUUAUUUUGAUUUUUACAGGGACAGUGCACAUUUUAAUCAACGUUUCAGUAAAAGUCCCGGUUUUAGCCAGCCGGCUAAUUUUCAACUGCAGUCCCUGGGCAGGUUAUUAAAAACAAUUCCAAUAACAAUACAGAUAAACAAUGAGCAGUGAGCACAUGCAGAGCAACAUAGGACAAGCAACACGUAGUACGCAGUCUGAGCAACAUAGGACAAGCAACACGUAGCAGACAGACUGAGCAAUAGGCCAAAAAGCAACAAAACAAAAUACAUAAAAGCAACAAACAGUGUUUCCACACCUCACAAGCUACAGACAGAUAACAUGGAAAGCGCCAAUACACAGCUAGGGAUUAUGUUCACAAGUCUGAUUGUCCUUUAGCCAUGUCUUUGUUUCUUGUGUGGGGUGUGGGGGUGGUGGCAGGGAGGGAUUGACAUGUCCAAUGGUAAUGCAGUGUGACAGGGUGUGAAGGUGAGGAGGUCUGACCCUGCGGUGCUUUCACAGGUUCAAGGAGGACCCAGCUGUGGCUGCAGAGGGCAUGCUGCCAGACCACGGCGGGGCCUCAGGUUAGCCAAUGGCAUGGGACUGAGUUUGUGUGUGUUCCGUGUGUCUCAAGUGUGUGUCCUGGUCAAAAGUAAUUCACUAUAAAGGGAAUAUGAUGCCAUUUCAGAGCAGCGCUGCUGUGUCAGUACUGGGGCUGUCAUUCAUUCGUUUUCAAGGUCUCGAAUCCUGUUCUUCCACCCCAACCCCUCUAAUCUGAACUCCUCAUCCUUCACUUCCACAGACAAUGUGAAGGGACCUCCCAAGGCGCCCACGUUCGGAGACUUCCUGGGGCAGGGUAGAGGACCCAGGGCGGGGGUCCGUGGAGAGCGGGGGAGGGGACGAGGACAGAGACAGAGCUACAGGUACAGGUACAGCCCCUCCUCUUUGACUAGAUCUGUUGUUUUCAUUCCUCACCAUUCCAAUGACCGGUUGUCUUUGACAGCAUGCACGAUAACCGCUGGGAGGCGGAGGAGGAGGAGAAAGAGAAGGAAGACAAACCCAAGAAGGAGGAGAAGAGUCAGAAGGAGGAACGGAAGCCCAAAGCUCCCUCAUCACAAAAGGUAUGUCGUCUUCCACCACCAUACACGGGGAUCUGUGUUUCAGCACAUAAUAUAUAAUACUGUAUAUAAUAUGUCAUUUAGCAGACGCUUUUAUCCAAAGCGACUUACAGUCAUGCUUGCAUACAUUUUAUGUAUGGUUGGCCCCGGCAAACGAACCCACCACCUUGGCGGUGCAAGCACCAUGCUCUACCAACUGAGCCAUACAGGGCCAUGUAUGCCAGUGUUGUUUUUGAACAUGAUCUCAUUCCAUGAUCCACAUUAAGAGGUGACUUGCCUGCUUCUUUCCUUCUUAGAUGGAUAAGAGUGGUGAUGCAGAGGAGGAUGAGGAUGAGUGGGAGGAUGAGGAUACGGACGGGGAUGACGACUCAGAGGGGGAGGAGAAAGGGAAAGACGGACAGUCCCCGAAGAAGGCACCGCGCCCAGAAACCACAGCAGGGAAGUCCGCCGCCACCUCACCCCCUCCCUCCACUCCCCCGUCCGCAGCCAGUCCCAAAGAGCAGUGCACCCUGAGGUCCAAAGUCUACAUCCCCUCCCCACAGGAGGCUCAGGACUCCCCCGAUGGCCUCAAGCCCCUCAGCCCCUUCUCGCCCUUAGACGGCCACCAGCCGGUCAGAGACUGGGGGGAGGAGAUGGAGAUGCAGUCCCCCCGGAGCAGUAUGGGGGAAAGCCCCCCGAAACCCCCCAGCGCUGAGGAGAGGCCUGCCCAGGUUAAGGUGAACUCCAGCCCCAGCCCAACCCCCAGUCCCAGCAAGCCAGCAGAGCCAGAGAAGGAGAGGGACACACGGACAGGUACAGAUAUUUAUAUACUGGUUUGACGGUUGUAUUAUAUUGCAAGAUCAUACCAUACAUUUGGCAUACUGUUGAAUGUGCUACCAUUUUAAUUCAGGAUAAACCAGCAAAGUUGAUCAUAGGUUUUCUUCAUUCACACGCAUAUCUCCCCCCCCCCCCCUCUAUCGUUCUCUCUAUAACUCUCAGUUGUGGUCACUGCUCCUCCACCAGAGGAGACCCUGAUCCAGGAAGAAACUUCUGUAUCAUCAUCAUCAUCAUCAUUAGAGCCUGUCUCUACCCCCACUGACCCCCCAGAGAAAGAGGAGACCACCACCACUCCACCAGCCCAGGAGACACCUGCUACCCCCACAGAGGGUAACUAUCCCACUGCAAAGCAGCUGUUUUUUAUCUUAAUAUUUCAAAUCAUUUCUGGGUAACAAGUAAGUACCUUACUGUGGUCAAAAAGAAAUAAAAAUAGCUUCUUAGCAAAGAGCAAUUUCUCAAUCAAGAAUUUAGCUAGGACUGUCUGGGAGUGGUCAGAGUGGGGAGGGGGAAACCAAAAACGAGCUGUUAUUAGUAGAAAGGUUUGGAACUUUCUUAUUGGUUUAUUAACUAAUUUACCGCCUGGUGUUCAAUCAAUCAAUCAAAUGUAUUUGUAAAGCCCUUUUUACAUCAGCAGAUGUCACAAAGUGCUUAUACAGAAACCCAGCCUAAAACCCCAAACAGCAAGCAAUGCAGAUGUAGAGGCACGGUGGCUAGGUUAAACUCCCUAGAAAGGCAGAAACCUAGGAAGAAACCUAGAGAGGAACCAGGCUCUGAGGGGUGGCCAGUCCUCUUCUGGCUGUGCCGGGUGGAGAAUAUAACAGUACAUGGCCAUUAAGGCCAGAUUUUUCUCCCAAGAUGUUCAAACGUUCAUAGAUGACCAGCAGGGUCAAAUAAUAAUCACAGUGGUUGUAGAGGUUGCAACAGGUCAGUACAUCAGGAGUAAAUGUCACUUGGCUUUUCAUAGACGGGCAUUUAGAGGUUGAAAUAGCAGGUGCGGUAGAGAGAGCGAGUUGAAAAAAGCAGGUCUGGGACAAGGUAGCACGUCCGGUGAACAGGUCAGGGUUCCAUAGCCGCAGGCAGAAGAGUGGAAACUGGAGCAGCAGCACGACCAGGUGGACUGGGAACAGCAAGGUGUCAUCAGGCCAGGUAGUCCUGAGGCAUGGUCCUAGGGCUCAGGUCCUCCGGGAUGGGAGAGAGGGAGAGAGAGAGAAUUAGAGGGAGCAUACUUAAAUUCACACAGGACACUGGAUAAGACAGGAGAAUAACACCAGAUAUAACAGACUGACCCUAGCCCCCCCGCACAUAGACUGAAGCAUAGAUACUGGAGGCUGAGACAGGGGGGAUCGGGAGACACUGUGGCCUCGUCCGACGAUACCCCCGGACAGGGCCAACCAGGCAGGAUAUAACCCCACCCACUUUGCCAAAGCACAACCCCCACACCACCAGAGGUAUAUCAACAGACCACCAACCUACUACCCUGAGACAAGGCUGAGUAUAGCCCACGAAGAUCUCAUCCACUGCAUGAGGCAGAGGGAGCGACAAACCGGACAGGAAGAUCACGUCAGUGACUCAACCCACUCAAGUGUUGCACCCCUCCUAGGGACAGCAUGGAAAGCACCAGUAAGCCAGUGACUCAGCCCCCGUAAUAGGGUCAGAGGCAGAGAAUCCCAAUGGAGAGACAGGAAUUGGCCAGGCAGAGACAGCAAGUGCCUUUCCGUUCACCUUCGCACCCCUGGGCCAGACUACACUCAAUCAUAGGACCUACUGAAGAGAUGAGUCUUCAGUAAAGACUUAGAGGUCGAGACAGAGUCUGCGUCUCUCACAUGGAUAGGCAGACCAUUCCAUAAAAAUGUAGCUCUAUCGGAGAAAGCCCUGCCUCCAGUUGUUUGUUUAGUUGCUUAAUUCUAGGGACAAUAAGGAGGCCUGUGUCUUGUGACCGUAGCGUACGUGUAGGUAUGUACGGCAGGACCAAAUCGGAGAGAUAGGUAGGAGCAAGCCCAUGUAAUGCUUUGUAGGUUAGCAAUAAAACCUUGAAAUCAGCCCUAGCCUUAACAGGAAGCCAGUGUAGAGAGGCUAGCAAUGGAGUAAUAUGAUCAAAUUUGUUGGUUCUAGUCAAGAUUUUAGCAGCCGUGUUUAGCACUAACUGAAGUUUACUUAGUGAUUUAUCCGGGUAGCCGGAGAGUAGAGCAUUGCAGUAGUCUAAUCUAGAAGUGACAAAAGCAUGGAUUAGUUUUUCUGCAUAAUUUUUAGACCAAAAGUUUCUGAUUUUUGCAAUGUUACAAAGAUGGGGAAAAAGCUGUCCAUCAAAUAUUCUUGAUAUGUUAGUCAAAAGAGAGAUCAGGGUCCAGAGUAAUGCUGAGGUCCUUCAGUUUUUUUUUGAGACGACUGUACAACCAUCAAGAUUAAUUGUCAGAUCCAACAGAAGAUCUCUUUGUUUCUUGGGACCUAGAACUAGCAUCUCUGUUUUGUUCGAGUUUAAAAGUAAAAAAUGUGCCGCCAUCCACUUCCUUAUGUCUGAAACACAGGCUUCCAGGGUAGGCAAUUUUGGGGCUUCACCAUGUUUCAUCAAAAUGUAGAGCUGUGUGUCGUCCGCAUAGCAAUGAAAGUUAACAUUGUGUUUCCGAAUGACAUCACCAAGAGGUAAAAUAUAUAGUGAAAACAAUAGUGGUCCUAAAACCGAACCUUGAGGAACACCGGAACUUACAAUUGAUUUGCCAGAGGACAAACCAUCCACAGAGACGAACUGAUAUGCAAUCCGGUUUCCGAGCUGGUCACGGGUGCACUUCAGCCACGCUCAAGGUCCUAAACGAUAUUAUAACCGCGAUUGAUAAUAGACAGUACUGUGCAGCCGUCUUCAUCGACCUGGCCAAGGCUUUCGACUCUGUCAACCACCGCAUUCUUAUUGGCAGACUAAAUAGCCUUGGUUUCUCAAAUGACUGCCUCGCCUGGUUCACCAACUACUUCUCAGAUAGAGUUCAGUGUGUCAAAUCGGAGGGCCUGUUGUCUUGACCUAUGGCAGUCUCUAUGGGGGUGCCACAGGGUUCAAUUCUUGGGCCGACACUUUUCUCCGUGUAUAUCAAUGAUGUCGCUCUUGCUGCUGGUGACUCUCAGAUCCACCUCUACGCAGACGACACCAUUUUGUAUACAUCUGGCCCUUCAUUGGACACUGUGUUAACAAACCUCCAAACGAGCUUCAAUGCCAUACAACAAUCCUUCAGUAGCCUUCAACUGCUCUUAAACACUAGUAAAACUAAAUGCAUGCUUUUCAAUCGAACGCUGCUAGCACCCGCCCACCCGACUAGAAUCACCACUCUCGACGGGUCUGACCUAGAGUAUGUGGACAACUACAAAUAUCUAGGUGUCUGGUUAGACUGUAAACUCAACUUCCAGACUCACAUAAAGAAUCUCCAAUCCAAAGUUAAAUCUAGAAUCGGCUUCCUAUUUCGCAACAAAGCCUCCUUCACUCAUGCUGCCAAACAUGCCCUCGUAAAACUGACUAUCCUACCGAUCCUUGACUUCGGCGAUGUCAUUUACAAAAUAGCCUCCAACACUCUACUCAGCAAAUUGGAUGUAGUCUAUCACAGUGCCAUCCGUUUUGUCUCCAAAGCCCCAUACACUACCCACUACUGUGACCUGUACGCUCUUGUUGGCUGGUCCUCACUACAUGUUCGUCGUCAAACCCACUGGCUCCAGGCCAUCUAUAAAUCACUGCUAGGCAAAUCCCCGCCUUAUCUUAGCUCAUUGGUCACCAUAGCAGCACCCACCCGUAGUCUGCGCUCCAGCAGGUAUAUCUCACUGGUCAUUCCCAAAGCCAACACCUCCUUUGGCCGCCAUUCCUUCCAGUUCUCUGCUGCCAAUGACUGGAACGAAUUGCAAAAAUCUCUGAAGCUGGAGACUCUUAUCUCCCUCAAUAACUUUAAGCAUCAGUUGUCAGAGCACCUUACCGAUCACUGCACCUGUACACAGCCCAUCUGAAAUUAGCCCACCCAACUACCUCAUCCCUAUAUUGUUAUUUAUUUUGCUCUUUUGCACCCCAGUAUCUCUAUUUGCACAUAAUCUCUUGCACAUCUAGCAUUCCAGUGUUAAUACUAUUGUAAUUAUUCUGCACUAUAGCCUAUUUAUUGCCUUACCUCCAUAACUUGCUACAUUUGCACACACUGUAUAUAUAUUUUCUGUUGUAUUUCUGACUUUAUGUUUUUUUUUUUUUUACCCCAUAUGUAACUCUGUGUUGUUUUUAUUGCACUACUUUGCUUUAUCUUGGCCAGGUCGCAGUUGUAAAUGAGAACCUGUUCUCAACUGGCUUACCUGGUUAAAUAAAGGUGAAAUAAAAAAUAAAAAUAAAAGAUAUCUUUCGAACAGAUAAGAUCUAAACCAGGCAAGAACUUGUCCGUGUAGACCUAUUAAGGUUUCCAAUCUCUCCAAAAGAAUGUGGUGAUCGAUGGUGUCAAAAGUAGCACUAAGGUAUAGGAGCACGAGGACAGAUGCAGAGCCUUGGUCUGAUGCCUUCAAAAGUUCAUUUUCCAUCUUCACGAGUGCGGUCUCAGUGCUAUGAUGGGGUCUAAAACCAGACUGAAGCGUUUCGAAUACAUUUUUUGUCUUCAGGAAUGCAGUGAGUUGCUGCACAACAGCUUUUUCAAAAAUGUUGAGAGGAAUGGGAGAUUCGAUAUAGGCCGAUAGUUUUUUACAUUUUCUGGGUCAAGGUUUGGCUUUUUCAAGAGUGGCUUUAUUUCUGCCGCUUUUAGUGAGUUUGGUACACAUCCAGUGGAUAGGGAGCCAUUUAUUAUGUUCAACAUAGGAUGGCCAAGCACAGAAAGUAGCUCUUUCAGUAGUUUAGUUGGAAUAGGGUCCAGUAUGCAUCAUGAAGGUUUAGAGGCCAUGACUGAUUUUUCGUUCCAAUUUUCUGGAGGCUUGCUUCAGGGCUCAGGUAUUUUCUGUAUACCAGGGAGCUAGUUUCUUGUGACAAAUGUUUUUUGUUUUUAGGGAUGCGACUGCAUCUAGGGUAUUACGCAAGGUUACAUUUAGAUUCUCAGUUAGGUCGUUAACUGAUUUCUGUACUCUGACGUCCUUGAGUAGGUGGAGGGAGUCUGGAAGGGCCUCUAGGAAUCUUUGGGUUGUCUGAGAAUUUAUAGCACGGCUUUUGAUGGUCCUUGGUUGGGGUCUGAGCAGAUUAUUUGUUGCGAUUGCAAACGUAAUAAGAUUGUGGUCCGAUAGUCCAGGGUUAUGAGGAAAAACAUUUAGAUCCACAAUAUUUAUUCCAUGGGACAAAACUAGAUCCAGGCUAUGACUGUGGCAAUGAGUAGGUCCGGAGACAAAACCCACUGAGUCGAUGAUGGCUCCGAAAGCCUUUUGGAGUGGGUCUGUGCACUUUUCCAUGUGAAUAUUAAAGUCACCAAAAAUGUGAAUAAUAUCUGCCAUGGUCCGAUAGAAAUUCAGGUAACUCAGUGAGGAACUCCGUAUACGGCCCAGGAGGCCUGUAACAGUAGCUAUAAAAAGUGAUUGAGUAGGCAGCAUAGAUUUCAUGACUAGAAGCUCAAAAGACGAAAACAGUCAUUUUUGAGUGGGGUAAAUUUACAUUUGCUAUCUUAAAUGUUAGCAACACCUCCGCAUUUGCGGGAUGCGCGGGGGAUAUGGUCACUAGUGUAACCAGGAGGAGAGGCCUCAUUUGAACACAGUAAAUUAAUCAGGCUUAAGCCAUGUUUGUCAGGCCAAUCACAUCAAGAUUAUGAUCAGUGAUUAGUUCAUUGACCAUAACUGCCUUGGAAGUGAGGGAUCUAACAUUAAGUAGCCCUAUUUUGAGAUGUGAGAUAUCACAAUCUCUUUCAGUAAUGACAGGAAUGGAGGAGGUAUUUUAUUCCAGUGAGAUUGCUAAGGCAAACACCGCCAUGUUUAGUUUUGCUCAACCUAGAUCGAGGCACAGACACGGUCUCAAUGGGGAUAGCUGAGCUGACUACACUGACUGCUAGUGGCAGACUCCACUAAGCUGGCAGGCUGGCUAAAAGCCUGCUGCCUGGCCUGCACCCUAUCUCAUUGAGGAGCUAGAGGAGUGGAGCCCUUCUAUGUUGGUAGAUAAGAUGAGAGCACCCCUCCAGCUAGGAUGGAGUCCGUCACUCCUCAGCAGGCCAGGCUUGGUCCUGUUUGUGGGCGAGUCCCAGAAAGAGGGCCAAUUAUCUACAAAUUCUAUAUUUUGGGAGGGGCAAAAAAAACAGUUUUCAACCAGCGAUUGAGUUGUGAGACUCUGCUGUAGAGCUCAUCACUUGCCCUAACUGGGAGGGUGCCAGAGACAAUUACUCGAUGCCGACACAUCUUUCUAGCUAAUUUGCCUUUCUGGUGAUGUCAUCAGGAAUGCAAAAACUUCUUCCCACCAAAACAGGCUGACAUUUCAGGCAGUCUUUUCAAACAGCUCUUACACGAAAAGGACAUUAUCAUCAUUUUCACAAUUUCACAGGAUUAUUCUGACCUCAUAGUGUGGAAAUAUAUAUAAAACACAUUUCACGUUUUUGACUGCACUGUGCCUUUCAUGCUAAAGUGAAGACUAGAAGAUUCCAUAGGGCUGAAUUACACACAGAAUAAAAAUGCAGGCAAAGCAUUAUUGUUGCUUAUGGUCAUCUGAUGUUUUAUUUUUAUGACCACCUGCAGGCUGUGGUAAAAAUCUAAUGAGGUCUGACUCGUUCUUCCUUCUCUGAACCAUCUGACCCAGAUGACGAGGAGGACCCUGCCGCCGCCCCUGCUCUUCUCCUGGAGGCUGACCAGAGCCUGUCUGAGCCGGCCACUGCCCCAGAGACGGCCCAAGACACCUCAGAGCAGCCAUCUUCAGGUGCGGUUCACAUCAAUGACUUUGAGACUGUGGCUUUCUGUAAGAGGUCUCUGACUCGAGCCGAGCACUAA